AUGGGCGGCGAGGGUGAUGGUGAGGACGAGGAGACAGAGGACGACUCACGGGGGGGACAUGCUUGCGGGCAGGGCUGGUGGCUGGCAGCGCGGGCGAGCGAGCGCGGACUGCGCGCGGACGUUGCGGGCAGGGGCAAUGGCAAGAAGGAGGGGAUGAGUUGUGUGAGGGACACGUGCGCUCAAUCUGCGAGCGGACGCUCACAGUGCGAUGAGAGCAGCCAGGAGCAGAGGUUGAGACGGAAGAACAGGCAGGUGGUGUCGAAAGCGCGCAAGCGCUAUGUCGCUGAGCUCGCGUCAGGCGUCGGCGGGUCUGUGUACUGGAGACGUGCGGGGCGGCGGGGUGCGGCGCGUACAUUGCGGGUCUUCGGACUCGAUUGA